AUGCCGGCCGAGGUAAUCAGUUUAUUAUCCUCGAGCCCAGCCGCCGGACCUUCCCCACCCAUCAUCCCCUCUAGUGCAGCCUUGUCACGAACAACCCAGAAGGCCCCUUCCAGAGCUCUUGACUAUGGCAUCACCCACGCGAACAUUGGAUCAUCUUCAAAGGUAAACAAAGGACCGCCUGGUAGAAUAUCACACGACCCACUCAUUAGCGCAAAACGUGCGAGUGAUCGUACACGGCAGGAUAGCGACUUCAUGUUUUUAUCCGAUGACUUUGAUACGACCGGAGAUCUUGGCGAACAUUCAACCAAAUCUCGAAUCACAGAUUCUAGGACAGAUAUCAACAAGAGGGAGGAUAGCAGCUUAAAGAGGACAACCUCUGCCACGUUUACUUCCAAGAACCGCAAAUCAAACUCUCCAAAUAGGUUGAACCGCUGGAACUGGAACUCAAUAGACGAUCCAAUCGAACAUAGUAGCUCUCCCAAUAAGUUGGCGCCUAGCAAAGCGCCAAGUAGGCCGUGUGAUUCCUCGGAUCCAUUCGGGAGCCCACCAAAGAAGCAGGCCACAAACACAAAGUCUUCCCGCCUAGAUUUGACGAGUGAUCCAUUCAAAAGUUCGCCUUUGCGAGAACUUGAUAUCCGUGAGCCACUAAAGAGCGCCACAGCCAGACAGCAAUCCAAUGUCUCCUUUGAUUCUCCGAAGGGAAAAAAGUCGGCGAAGGGACCAGUAGUCAUCGACCUCUCGGAUGACGAUGGUGAUGAUAUGCCAAAGAAGUAUCAACCCAAGAAGUCUAAGCCAAAUGGAGCCUGGGAUCCGAUAUCAAGUUCCAUGCCGGAAGCAAAGACUAGCAAUAGCCAUAUCAUAGACUCGGACUCUGACGACUUACCCGCCUUAAGUGAUCUCGAUUUUUCGAGGGCCAAGUCUAGCAAACGCUUCUACAGUCUGACACCUUCUCCGCCUCGCAAGAAACCGAAGACGGCGAUGAAAGGGACGACGAAAGGGGCGACGGUGAAAAAAGCAGCGGAGCCAAAGAAAACUGCCGAGGAAAGAGACUACGAGAAGCAAAAGAAGGCAGAAGCUCGCGAAGCCGAGAAGGAACGUAAGCGUAUCGAGAAAGAACAGGCAAAGGAGCAGCGGGUCGCCGAGAAGCAAAAAGAGAAAGCACUCGCCGAAGUCAACAAGCUCAAGACCGACAGGAAGGUAGCCGUGCCCGAGAUGAUAGUAGACCUUCCUGAAUCCCUGAACAUCGGUAUCAAAGCCCAGAUCGAAGAACUACUCCGUAAAAUGGACGUUCAGUUCGAGUAUCUGCAGAACCGCAUCGACAACGUGGUAAAAUGGCGGCGGAAAGUAGCCUCCAAAUACAACGACGACCUCGGCCACUGGGUGCCCAUCCCAAUGCGCAUCAUGCCCGAAGCUCACGUCAUGGUGAUCCUCGAAGCCACCGAAUUCGUUAAGCUCGUGCUCGGCGCCGAGGACCAAGGCCUCGAAGCUCACGUGCUAAAAAUGAAGACGGCGCAUCCCGACAACAUCCUCCUAUACCUAAUAGAGGGUCUCACGCCCUGGAUGCGCAAAAACAAAAACAUCCAAAACCGGCGCUUCGCCUCCGCCGUCCGCGCCCUCGACAACAAUGAUGUGGCCGGCCCAGCAUCAAGCCAGCAACGGAGGAGGAGGAACCCCGCGCAGCAGGAGUAUAUCGACGAAGAUAUCAUCGAAGAUGCGCUACUUUCGCUGCAAGUCGUCCACGGUGCCAUGAUCCACCAUACGAACCUGCAGGUCGAGACGGCUGAAUGGGUCGCCGUGUUCACGCAGCACAUCAGCACGAUCCCGUAUCGGAAGGCGCGAGACGCUGCCGCCGACGCCGGCUUCUGCAUGGAGGCGGGGCAGGUGCGGACCGGUGAGGACGCUAAGGAUACGUAUGUCCGCAUGUUGCAGGAGGUAACCCGCGUCACGGCGCCCAUCGCCUACGGCAUCGCGGCUAAAUACGGGACCAUGGCCGAGCUGGUGCGAGGGCUCGAGAGGGAGGGUCCGUCGGCGUUGGAGAAUUGUAGGAAGUGUGCGAAUAGAGACGGUGCGUUUACGGAUAGAGUCGUAGGACCGGCGGUUAGUAAGAGAAUUUGGAAGAUCUUUACGAGUCGCGAUCCGGGGAGUAUGGAUGUGUGA